AUGGCAGAGAAAUUAGCAGGCAACGUGAGUGUCAAGGAUAUCAGUAUGGCCUCUGUGGAGGAGGCUCCCUCUGUGGUGGUGGAAGAGGGCGACGACAUUGGUGCCAAGUAUGUCCAUCUAAUUAAGGACGGUUAUACGAAAAAGGAGCUGCGCAGAGCCAGGUGGAAGGUCGAUCUCAAUCUUGUGCCAUUUCUAUGGCUCAACGUCUCUAUCGCCGCCAUGGACAAAGUGACCUCCGCUACGGCCGCUUUGUACGGGCUCAAGACCGACCUCAACUUGAAAGGAGAUGAGUACAGCUGGAUCGGCUCCUCGUUCUACUUUGGUUAUCUUCUUUUUUGUUUCCCAGCGGGCUGGUUAUUGCAGAAAUUCCCCAUCAUAAGUGUGGGCUCGGUGUGCUUCAUCUUAUGGGGAAUCAUUCUGAUUGGUUCUGGUUUUGCAAAGGCAUUUGUGCCAAUGAUUGUGAGCCGUGUGCUGCUUGGUGUUCUUGAAUCUCCCGUCGUGGCCAUGACACUGCUGGUUAUUUCUUCAUUCUAUACCCGUGAAGACCAGCCGUUGAGAACCGGUCUGAUGUACACUGGGUUAUCGACGCUGUUCACAGGGCCGAUCGGUUACGCUGUCGGAGGUUAUACCCAUGUCUCCUACUCGCCAUGGAGAGCUUUCUACUGGAUAACAGGUGCCAUGUCCAUCGGAUGGGGAGUUAUCAUUUAUUUCCUGCUACCAAGCUCACCCGCAAAUUGCUUUUGGUUAUCUGAAAAAGAGAAGGCCAUAAUCAUCCACCAGGUGAAGAAAAACCAAACAGGCAUCAAGUCUAAGAAGUGGAAGUGGGAGCAGUUCAGAGAGGCGCUUUUGGACCCAAAAGUCUGGGUCAUGUUUUUCUUCCAGAUCUUUAUCUCGAUUCCGAACGGUGGACUUACCAACUUUUCUCCGUUGAUUGUGAAAGGCCUCGGAUGGUCAUCGCGUUAUUCCGCGCUGCUGGGAACUGUCAACGGAGUUAUGCAGACGGCUUCCUCCUGGUUCACCACAUUCACAAUAUUCUUUAUCGAAAAGAAAUGGCCGAAUGCCAAAUCCAGAGGCUUUGUCAUGAUCGGCUACCUGAUCCCGGCCCUAAUCUCCGCCAUAUUGCUGUACAAGCUUCCAUACACCAACUACACAGGCCGUCUUGUUUCGCUCUAUUUUUCAUUCUUUUAUUUGGGCCCUUAUAUCGCCUCUUUGACGCUGAUCCAGGCCAACACCGCUGGUUAUACGAAGAAGGUCACAUGCAAUGCUCUUUACUUCAUUGCGUACUCUGUGUCCAACAUUAUCGGCCCGCAGUUCUUCAAAGCCGACCAAGCUCCUUCUUAUUCGCUGGGAAUUGGUUCUAUUUUCGGGGCGUACGCUUUGAGCAUUUUCUCGCUGCUGCUGUACAUGUUCCUGUGUUAUCGUGAUAACUGCAGGCGUGAGGAAAAAGAUCCCGGCGCUCUCAAAGUGGAGGACCAUAACGAUACCGACUUUAAGGACCUCACGGAUUUGCAAAACAUCCACUUCCGGUAUAAGUGGUAG